AUGCACAGGCGGCAUCCCCAGGAAGCCAUUUCUCCCGAUGGCAGCACGGCCUAUAGGCAGUUCGGGGGCCACCACCGUGCCGAGGCUGGGAAUCCGGCGUGGCGCACAGCCCUCCACUUAAGUGUCCGCCGCCCCGAUUGCCGGGAGCAAGCGCCCACUUACCCGCCCGGCCGGCCGGCCACCUCGCCAGUCCCCGAGCUCUUCUCCACUUGCACUGGCCGCGCAGGCUCAAGCCCUGACCCCGCCCCCAGGAGACCACGCCCCCUCUGGGAUCACGCCCUCACGCACGCACGAGGGGGCGGGGCCUCCAGACCUGACGCCCGAGCACGUCCCGGCGUCGUGACGUCACUGCCAUGGCGGACGGCGUCCGGCCGCGGGCGCCUGGGCGCCGGAGACGAGGCCCGCGCGCCCCUCGGGACGCAGGCGAAGGCGCGCGGGGCCCUCGCGGAGCUCCGGCUGCUCUUUCGGGUGUCCAGGGUCUCCUCAGCCAAGAAGGCUACAAGCAUCCCCAGGCCGCCGUCCAGGCUUCUGGGCUCCGCAUCCUUAAGCAAGAGCGCAGAGAUUUUCCCAGAAGGCUUCGCGCCCACGUGGACGGGGCCGGAGCGUGUUUUUUCUAAACUGGGCCUGCGAUUUCUUUCUUUUUUAAUUUGGAUUGUAGGUACUACACAGACAAAUGCCUUAAAACAAGAGGAUGCUGCAGAAAGGAAAGCCAAACUAGAAGCAGCUGUAAGAAAGAAAAUUGAAUUUGAGAGAAAAGCUUUACGUAUUGUUGAACAACUUUUGGAAGAGAAUAUCACUGAAGAAUCCCUCAAGGAGUGCGGGAAGUUCAUCACACCUGCUCACUAUAGUGAUGUCGUGGACGAGCGCUCUAUCAUCAAACUCUGUGGUUAUCCCUUGUGUCAGAAGAAAUUAGGAAUUGUACCAAAACAGAAAUAUAAAAUUUCUACCAAAACUAAUAAAGUCUAUGAUAUCACUGAAAGAAAGUGUUUUUGCAGCAACUUUUGUUACAAAGCAUCUAAAUUUUUUGAAGCACAAAUUUCUAAAACUCCAGUUUGGGUUCGAGAUGAAGAAAGACAUCCUGAUUUUCAGCUGCUUCAGGAAGGACAAAGUGGCCAUUCAGGAGUAGAAGUUGAGCUAAGCAGUAAAGCCAUUGAAACGUCAGAUAUUGAGAAUCCUGGCCAUUUUGUGAAACAUGAUGAAUCUACUUCUUCUAGCACUCACAGUGAUAGUAACAGUGAUAAUGAACAAGAAUUUGUUUCCUCCAUUCUACCAGGAAACAAACCAAAUGCAACAUGUAUAAAGCCACAGCUGAACCAAAAAAGCAUAAUGAAAAAGAAAGCCAAUCAGAAAGCAAACUCCAAACAUGAAGACAGAGAACAGACUGUGGUCAAUGUCACUGAGCAGUUAGGCCAUUGCAGAUUAGACAAUGUGGAGAAAGCUGCUAGUUGUGCCCCUUCCUUACAGAAAGGAAAUGCUCAUCUUUCUUCAAAUCCUCCUUUUCAGGAAAAAUUGGAAACGUCAGAAUACUCUGAAAUUAAAUACAAUAGUUCAAAUAUAACUCUAGUAGGCCUAAGCAAGAAAAGCGCAGAGCAUUUUAAGAGGAAAUAUGCCAAGUCAAACCAAGUUUCUAGUUCAGUUUCUGGUUCAGUUCAGGUUUGUCCUGAAGUUGCAAAGAAAAACAUACUUAAAAUCCUGAAGGAGACUUUGAUGGAAUGGAGAACAGAAGAUACAUUGAGGUUUUUAUAUGGCAAAAAUUAUGCUGCUGUGUGUUUGAAACCCUCUUCGGGCUUUCAGGCUAAAGAAGAAGAACUUGAUGAAGAUGACAUAAACUCUGACCCAGAGAGUCAUUCCUCUGCUGUGGGGAAAUUUCAGAAUAGUUUGGAUGAGUCUUUACCAUUUAAUGCCUCAGAUACGGCUAGUAAACCACUGCCAAGUUAUGAAAACUUGAAAAAAGAAACUGAAACAUUAAAUCUAAGGAUAAGAGAGUUUUAUAGAGGACAAUAUAUUUUGAAUGAAGAAACCACCAAAUCACAAGACUCAGAAGAGCAUGAUCUCACCUUUCCACUGAUAGACUCAAGUUCUCAGAACCAGAUUAGAAAACGCAUUGUACUUGAAAAGUUGAGUAAAGUGUUGCCUGGACUUUGGGGGCCUCUUCAGAUUUCCCCGGGAGAUAUUUAUACACAACUCAAAGAUCUUGUUGGAACAUUCAGAUUAACAAAUAAAAAUAUUAUACACAAGCCUGCGGAGUGGACCUUAAUUGCUUUGGUGUUACUGUCAUUAUUGACCCCGAUUCUUGGCAUUCAGAAGCAUUCUCAGGAAAAUGAAAUGUUUACACAAUUUAUAGACACACUGCUUGAAGAAUUACAUUUGAAAAAUGAAGACCUUGAAAAUUUAACCAUCAUUUUUAAAACCAGCUGUUAA